AUGUCAUCACCGCCUACUUCUCCCCCUGCGGCGAAGCGACAGAGGCUCGAAGCAUCACUUGAUCCAGCUUUGGUCCCCUCAUCACCAUCUACUUCCGCACAGCAAAUCAAUGGUCACACCAAUGGAGAAUCAUCUGCACCGGUAGUCACCUCAGCGCCUACUAUACCUGCAACUUCUACCUCAGCCACACAGCCCGAUGAGAGUGACGACGAUGAAGAAGAAGAGGAAUAUCAAGCGUUCAAGCAUGAUCACGAGGAUGAAGGCAUACAUAGAGACAUGUAUCUUGAUACUAUUUCUCGACAAAACCUUGAUUUUGAUUUUGAGAGAUUAUGUUCGAAAUCACUCAGCAAUAUCAACGUUUACGCUUGUUUAGUCUGUGGAAAGUACUUUCAAGGUAGAGGAAGAGGUAGUUGGGCAUAUAGACAUGCUGUUGGAGAAAAUCACAGAGUUUGGUUGAAUCUCACUACAGAGAAGUUCUAUGUGCUACCUGAAGGAUAUCUGGUUUCUGAUCCCUCGCUGAACGAUAUAAUCCAUGUACUCAAUCCAAGAUAUACGUCGAAAGAAUUAAUCAAACUAUCUAAAUUACCUGAACCAUCCUUCACGUUAUCAAGUCAAUCAUAUAUACCUGGAUAUAUAGGAAUAAACAAUAUCAAGAAGAACGAUUAUUUGAAUGUUGUUUUACAAUUGUUAUUACAUAUACCACCCAUUAGAAAUUUCCUGAUCGAUCCUAAAACACCUGAACUGAAAGAAGAAAAUCGACCUACAGAAUUAGUGAGAAGGUUCUCAACUUUAGCUAGAAGACUAUGGAAUCCGAGAUUAUUCAAAUCACAAAUAUCACCGCAUGAAUUUUUACAAGAAGUAAAUAAAAGAUCAAAUGGUAAAUUCAAAAUGACUGAACAAGGUGAUCCAGUCGAAUUCCUAUCUUGGAUAAUCAACACUUUACAUAGAGAUUUGGGUGGAAAUAAAAAGAAGCAUUCGAGUAUUAUCUAUUCAACUUUUCAAGGUAAAGUCCAAAUUCAAACUCAACAAGUUAUAAUACACAAGGAAUAUUCAAGACCUGUUUUCGACAUUGGACGAGACAUACAAACUAUCUCAUCACCAUUCCUAUUCCUAGCUCUCGAUCUUCCUGCGACACCAUUGUUCACAGAUGUGAAUGAGAAAAAGAUUAUUCCUCAAGUACCGUUAUCCACCAUCCUGGCUAAAUUUGAUGGCAAAACAAUACAGGAAUUCGGCCCAACACUGAAACGACAUCACUUGGCGAUGUUACCUCCAUACCUGAUCUUACAUAUCAAGCGAUUCACGAAGAAUAACUUUGUUUCUGAGAGAAACCCAACUAUCGUUAAUUUCCCUUUGAGAGGAGUGGAUGUCAGUGAAUAUGUCGACCCUAAACCUACCGAUCCAAUGUAUAGUCAAUAUGAUCUGUUAUCAAACGUAACGUUGGAUACGACAAAAGCAUCGACGGAAACAACAGGAACAGGUCCAGGUAUAACAGCAAAGAAAAAGAAACAAAACGAAGAAGAAAAUCCUUUAACAUGGAAAAUUCAUGUAAGAGCAGGACAAAAUAACAACGCAAAUACGACCGAUAAACAAUGGUUUGAAAUGCAAGACCUAAGAGUUGAAAGUGUAACUCCUGAAAUUGUGUUCUUGGGCGAAACCGUCAUUCAAGUUUGGGAAAGGAGGGAUUUGAGUACUACAAGAUCAUGA